AUCUGUACAUCGUGGUACUGCGACGUGGCAAUCUGUUGUUCAAACAGAACAAUCUGAAGAAUCCGAACAACAACAACAAGGCGUACCGCCGCAGGCAAGUCGCACUACCGCGUGUCUUGUACCACGCAUUGUUGGUAAUCCCGUCUGAACCAGUACCUAUUACCAACUGACCCCCUAGCUCUGGACAGGCCAAGAAACAACAACAGAGCAAACGUGAAUGUAAGACGAGAAGAUAUUCACUCACUGCCUCAUGUACACAGAAGACGACUACGUGUACUCCCGUCAAUGCUGCUGUGACCGUACUACUUGUCGAAGCUGUCCUCCCUGACCCAGGCUCCAUUGCAUGCGGGUAAUCUGUUAUUGAAGCGGAGAAGGUCAGAUCGCCAGGAGGAUGUCGAUAAGGUGACUAUAGCUCUUAAGAGGUCGUUCAGAACACGGAAUAUGCAUUAUGACAUUUAUUGAUUGAACUCGAUGCAAAGGAUUGCGGGCUUCUGAAAAGACAUAAGUCAGUUAUAUUAUAACAAUAAACCCGCCGGCGCACGUAAGAAACAUGGGUAUACUUUGGUCAAAAGUGAAGGAGAGUCGCGAAAGGAAGAAGGUGCUAAGCAAAGUAGGACCCACGACACAUUUUGCGAGGCACGAAGCUGAGUACUGGAUGAAGAUUUUCUACCAGGAUGUCCCGAACGGGAAACUCUCUGAGGCUGAAUUCGUGGAGUACUUCGGAAACUUUUACACGUCCGCAGAUGACGGGAGUAAAACUACUCUCGCCAGGCAAAUUUUUAAAGCGUUUGACAGAAACAACAACGGUCAUGUGAGUCUGAGGGAAUACCUCCAUGGGAUGAGUACUCUGUUGAGAGGGAACACGUUAGAAAAGUUGGAGUGGGCUUUUAUUUUGUUCGACGUGGAUGGGGACGGCUUGGUGAGCAAGGAGGACAUGGGAGGAGUGCUGAUGCUGUAUAACGAUCUUCGCACCAACAAAGAAGGCGGAAUCAGUGAGGAACAGCUCGCAGCAAUCAUCGAUCACGAAUUUCCUCUGAUCGACCGUACUGGAAAGGGCAGGCUCGGGAAGAGACAGUUUAUAGAGGGUGUCAGUAGGAGUCAUCGCCUGUUAGAGAUUAUGCCAAUCAGAUAACUGCACAGUAUCGCAUUUCUUAAUAGAAUUCCUGACGCAGCCAAACGAUCCCAUCAGAAUCAGAGGCACAGGAUUUAAGACUUGAUGACUGUCAGUAACCCCUGUCUCACCUACGAUUCUACUGGGGUUACUGUUGAAUUCACUAUUAAAGGACGCAUUCUAUUCAUCAGAAAGAGACAGGAGCGAUAUUCCUAAGUAGUUAAUCCAGGUAACGUCACUGGCGAGAUAAGUAGUUAGCAAUCUUUCUUAAGGGUCACAGGGUCAAGAGUUCCAAUCUCGUCGUGGGAGUUCUGAAUCAGAAUAGCAAGAGAAGGCAUCUAAGGCCGCCAAACCCAUAUUUAUGAAGAUUGCAGUAUUAAAUAGAAUUCAGUUUAUCACUGCAUCUCUCUAAA